AGACUCCUGGAAAAGGGCAAGGCUAUGUGAAAAUACCUGUAAAUCAGGUGUUGGAAUAUCAUAGGUGGACCUUGGCUAUCUCUAACAUUGUGUGGGACUGCAGCAGAUCUUCCCGAGGUUCCAGUCAGUGCAGGCGGCUUCUGAGAAUCACAGCAGCGAGGGGAAGCUGGAAAUUUGACUCUUGUUAUUGAGUGAAUGCCAUAGAUUUUAAAAUCAUACAACUCUGGACUGGACUGACCAGGAUCUGAAUCCAAAACACCUAACGCAACUCUUGGAAUUCUACCCACGGAGCCAAGUCUUCCCCUGAAGGAGGAGUCAUUUUCUUCGAAACCCUUCUCCACUCCUCUGAAGGAUCCUGAUCAGUGAUAGCAAUGUACAGAGAUUAUGGCAAUCAACCUAUUCCAGAUUAUGAUGAAAACAAUUCCCAGACCAAUGGGUUUCAUCCUGAAAAACCUCCAUUCCAAAGGUCCCAAAGCAUCUCCAAGAGACCAAGUGCCAAAUCAAUUUAUCAACAAAGAAAGGUCUAUGCACAGGCUCUGAACUCCAGGGAAAAUAACAUUCAGUACCGGGUUGAGCACCUGAUUACCUGUGACCUCAACUCAAAGGAUAUGGUGACGGUGGAUCAUUGUAUUAAGAAGCUAAAGCUGCUUGAUGCCAAGGGUAAAAUCUGGGGACAAGACAUGAUCCUGCAGCUGAAUCCCACUGCUUUCAAAAUGGCCGACAUUGAGACCAAGGAUGAUUUGGAACACUUCCCCAUUGAAGAUAUUCAAGACUGUCAGGCAAUAUUAAACAGCUGUAUCUACAACUCAGUGCUGGCCAUCACUGUUAAGCACAGGAUGAAGAGGAAUGCCAGUGUCUACUUGUUCCAGUGCGAGGAAGUCUCGGCUGACCUAAUACAGACUGAUAUUGAUAACAUGGUCAGAGGGAGGAAAGAGGAACAAGGGAACCACGACAUGCUCAGACAAAAUCUGGAGAGCAUGCUGUCUCAUCAACCUCGGCCACCCUAUGGGAAACCUGUAAUGCCCCUUCCUCAUGAAAGAUGGAUGCCACCUGACUACGAUAAGCCUCCAAACCCUGAAGCAUCAGACUGCGGGAGCUGGAUGGAGCAGCACUCCAGGGCACCUUCUGAAAUCGAUUCAAAAUCUGGUUUUGAUGAUCCAGAGAAGGCAGUGCCACCAUUCUUGACAGUUCAAAAAAAUAUGGAAAUCCUUAACCAUGUCUUAGAUGAUAUUGAGCUGUUUAACAAUAAGCUUAUUCAAGCUGUUAGCUCCAACUCUCAGAAAGAGAAGAAGAAAAAAAAGAAAUCAAAAAAGCAGAAAGAAGCACUCCCCCCUGAGGAAGAUUAUGUGGACUGCCUGCAGAAAAUAAAAUACAUCUUUAAUAUGAUUAGCAACCUAGAUGCCCAUCUCCACAAUCCAAGUGCUAAUGAUCUGGUUCACAUUUUGUUCAAGAUUCUUGAAUUUAUCCUGAACAAUCUCCCAAAGCCUGACCUAGCGCAAAAUGUGGUUCUACCUUUCCUGAUCCCAAGUGCCAUAUAUCUCCUCAGCUCAACCACGAGUGUGGAAGAACAGGUCAUCUGGAGGUCUUUAGGAGAUGCGUGGAGCACGCCCAGGUCAGAUUGGCCAGGCGGUGAGAGUUUUCCAAGUUAUGUCCCCAAAUUCUCUAGUGGUUGGGAAAUGCCAGCCCUGGAACCGUUAAGAUCUCCAACACCCAAUCAGAGAGAACAGAUGCAAGACCCACAUGGUGGACCCUUUGAAAGGCCACAGAAGGAUCAACAAUUUGCCAAAGCAAUGUACGAUUUCAUGAAAAGAAAAACCAGGGAACUCACAGUCAUGAAAGGUGAUGUUCUUGAGGUAUUGGAGGCCUCGAAGCAGUGGUGGAAAGUGAAGAACCUGAAUGGUUCCAUUGGUUACGUACCCUCCAACAUCAUGCAGUUAAUGAAUGAGGAGGACUCCCUUCCUUCGCAUGUUAAUAACAAUCGUGCUUUUCAAUAUCGCUCCUAUACUGAUUCACCUGAUUUGUCAGUCCACUUCACACCCAGUGAGGUGACAUCUUGGCUCCAGAAGAAAGGCUUUUCAAGAAUUACUGUGAGGUCUCUGGGGGCUCUCACUGGUUCUCAACUAAUGAGUCUAACUAAGGAAGAGUUGAAGAUGAUUAAUAACAUGGAAGGACCCAUUGUCUACAAUGAGAUUCAUGGAGGGCGGUAGGUGACCCAGACAGUCAAUGUCCCAUGUACAUAGAAACUAAAGAAGGCCAACAGAGGACAGGCAAUCUGCAUCAAAGAAGCCCAAAUUUAAACAGUGUUGUGGAUCUAACUACAGGGACGACUCUGUUUCGAUCCAUACAUCAGUAUUUAGCUGUAAACAAGAUUUAAAGAGAAAAGUGAAAUCAGUUGAUUAAACACAAGUUAUUUGCAAUUGAUAAGCACAAACACCUGUUUCUGCUUGAAGUUUCCAUUUUCCCAAGAUGUGAGGGCUCACGCAAAAGCAAAAUGUUUGACACUGAAACUUUGUUCCUCAUGUACUUUGUUCACUGAAAUAAAUGGGUCCAAAUACAGGCAAGCAUUGAUUUUCACAACCAGUGAGUGUCUCUGAAAGAGAGAGCUGACUUUUUUAUGAGAAUUUGUUGAUGAUAUUGUAGCAAACUGUACGCAGGAGUAUAAGCUGUUAGGGUUAGACAAAGGCAUAUGGAGGUGGUUGAUGUUUUGCAUAAACCCAUUGGGCUGAAUUGUCUGUUUCUGCACUGUACAAUUCUGAGUAGUGGGUGCAUUGUUGCAGUACAUAGAAUUUUACAGUACAGAAGGAGGUCAUGUGACCCAUGUCCACACUGGCUGCUGAAAGAGCUACCCAACCAGUCAGUCCCAAUCUCUGGUCCUAUCGUCAAGAAAUUAUAGUCUUGCCGGGCUGCAUUCUCAUUAGAGAGACACCAGGUGAUGGUUUAACCCAAGGCUCCCAUGCCUCAGCUGAAGGGAGAUGUUGAGGAGAAAAGUCCAUCAUGGUAAUCUCAGCCAGUGCAGGGAUUGAACCCACACUUCCAGUGUUACUCUGUAUUGAAAAUCAGCCAUCCAGCCAACUGAGCUAGCCAACCCCACUUUACACAGAGCAAACAUUAUCAAAUCUACAUUGCAUGUGAUUUGAUUAAUUGGAAAUCUGGAUGACUAUUGGUAGAGACGAGAUGAAAAGUACGACAGGUGAUUUAGUGCAUGUAAAAAGCUGUUCAGUUGUGUGUGAUAACACUUCUGGUUUGAAUGGCACAAUAGCACAGUGGUUAGCACUGCUGCCUUACUGUGCCAGGGAGCUGGGUUCGAUUCCAGCCUUGGGUGACUGUCUGUGUGGCGUUUGUGCAUUCUCCCUGUGUUCU